CUUUUUGUUCGUUCGUAGAAGCGCUUCCUGUCACAAGUAUUUUUGGCAGCUACUUUUCCGAGUCAAAGCUCCCUGUCUAUAAAACCCCGACUGUGCCUCCUUGCAUUUUCUUGGCAGCAAGCUAUUUCUCUUUUCUCGUUUUCCUAUUCUUACUAAUGGCAAGCACCUCAGCAUCGAUACUAGUGUUUGCCUUCACUGCCGUCAAGGCUCUCCUCGAGGUGUUCCUCAUCGGGUUCAGUGGAUAUGUAUUUGCACGGAACGGCACACUCAACAAGUCCACGCUCAAGAGUCUCUCGGUGAUGAGCGUCAGCCUGCUGACGCCCGCGCUACUGUUUUCGAAAAUGACUGAGACGCUCGACCCGACACUGUUGGUGGAGCUCUGGAACGAACCUGUAUUCUACUUUAUCUACGGCGGCUUCUCGCUUCUCUGGAGCCGCAUUGGCAGUCGUGUCUUUAAGCUCGACGGCGAGUAUGCACGACUAUGUGAUGUCGCCACGUUCUUUGCAAACACAAACACGCUGCCUGUCUCACUCAUCAAGAGUAUUGCGCUGAGCUCUGGCUCCAGCUUUCUGCUCAAGGAUGCAGCAGACACACCGCUGAAGGUUGCAGCCAGAGGCGUGUCGUACGCGAUGAUUUUUGCCACUCUCAACAACAUCCUGCGCUGGAGCUUUGGUGUCGCGUUGAUGGGUGGAAUGGGCGACACAACCAAAUCGACGUUCAAUUCAGUGAAUCCGACGCCGCGUGUCGCUACGCCCUCGGAUAGUCCCACCAGCGCAUUCCAGGCCGACGGAAGCCCCGGAUCGCCAACCGACGUCCAUGGCGAGCUCACGACAUUGCUCGACGAAAGCGCCAUGUCUUCCCGCCAGAGCACCCUGGCGUCUGUAUGGAGCAAAACCUGCAAUAUUGCCACUGCGGUACGGGCGUGCUUGACUGCACCCGUGUACGCCAUUAUUGUCGCCUUCGCCGUCAUCCUCAUUGAGCCGAUGCAUGAGGCGCUGAUGAACCCAGAUACCAUCUGGUACACCGUGUGGUCGGCCAUCGAUAUGUGCGGCGAUGCGUGCGUGCCGCUUAUUCUUAUUUCGCUGGGCGGACAGCUAGGGUUGAUGGAGCGCGAGAAAGCCAGCCAUAGCAAAGCCACUGGUCGUUCGGAAUACCUGAGAGGCUUGGCCAGUGGGUAUGCGUCGAACACAUCGUCAUGUGCUGAACUCAACAACCUCCAGACGAUCUCUCCCUCACAGGCGACCUCUAACGGUGCUGUUGUUCCGUCGAUUAUCCUGCGAAUGCCCACUUCCACCGAAACUCUGGAGGAGCAGAUGCAGCACCGGAGCUCAGAGCAGCUCACUGUACAUGUGCAGGACGAACAGUCGCAGCAGAUCUCCUCGAUCGAGCAAAAGCGUGGCAUCUUGCUGGUGCUGACGGGGCGGUUCGUGUUUGUGCCGACUAUGGCUAUCAUUUUAAUUUCGGUUCUGCGCAUCUUCUUCCCGCAGCUGCUGCCCAUCAUGGUCACCGACCCAGUGUACAUUCUGACGCUGCUUAUCCUGUCGGCCACUCCACCAGCCAUCAAUCUGAUCACAGUUGCCCAGGCCACGGGCAAGUUUGAGACCGAGGCGGCGCAGAUGCUGUUCUACGGCUACGUACUUGGUAUCUUUGUCCUUGCUAUCGAGGUUGCCGGCUUCCUGUGGCUGACUAGCACGCUUAGCACACUCUAAAAAUGUACCAUUUCAACCUUCAUGUUUUCGUCGAUAUUGCGAAUGAUGCUGAUCGUUUGCUUGUCUUUGUCUUAUGAACAUGCGUAAGCAGUAGUAUUUGGGCCACAAUGGACCCAGUCUGUAUAGACUGAUUCAGGAGACUGCAUCAGUGCUAAGGGCCCCAAGAACCAUGCAAGCCAGAUAAUUUUUAAUAAAAAGUUCUUAAUGCUAUGCAUACGCAAUACAGCAAAACUGAAC